ACUGCGGUUUAAGUAGCCAAAUAUAAACGCCAGGAUGAGCACUCCACGCAAGAACUUCAACCACCCGCCGCCGUUUUCCCCACGCGGUGGCCAGUAUCCAUCGCAGGCCGCAGAUUAUAGAUCCCAGCAGUUUGGUGGCCAACAGAAGCCCCAGAACCCCAACUUUGGAUUUUACGAGGACAAACAGGGACAACAAACGAAUACUCCGCACUUCUAUCAAAACAAAUCACCGCAGGAAACGCAGAGGCAUCGUCCCUACGGACAGGGAAGGAAUUUCGGACGGGGCGGCAACUUCAACCGCAGGAACCAACCGAACUGGGAUCCGAAUCCGAGGAACCACCAAAACAGGGAGCGCAACCAAGGCGGCAACAAUUCCUUUGGACAGUACUUUCACCCCUCCAUGCUGGAGGAUCCCUGGCGGGAACUAAUGGAACGCCACGAGGCCAUCCACGGAUCCACCGCUAGCCAAACUCCACCGAAAGAGGUGGAGGCUUCUUAG